AUGAUUGAACGUGCUUGCCGAGAGCUGGAGUCGAAUGGCAAGGUGGAUAUCAUACAAACAAGUAGCCUAUGGGAGAGUAAGGCUAUGUACGUAGUCAAUCAAGAUAACUUCGUAAAUGGUGCCUGUGAGAUAGAGACUCAACUGUCGCCGAUUGAACUCUUAGACGAGCUUCAGAGGGUUGAAAAGAAGAUGGACCGCGUCAAGAUCAUUGAUAAAGGACCAAGGAAUAUUGAUCUGGACAUCUUGUUCUAUGGUAGCACAGAGUAUUCCGACGAGAGACUUCAAAUACCCCAUCCCUUGAUGUUUGAGAGAGAAUUUGUCCUGCGCCCACUCAUCGAGCUUUUGCCGAAAGAGCCUAAUCAUUUUCCUUUCAAAGAUAAGGUUAGGGAUCAUCUUGAAAGAUUACCUGCACCAGAUGUACCGCUAGUACCGAUGACGCCACUUGCACCGGAUCUAUCACCUAUCUCCUCUGUCCGACUGACAAACAACACGCGGGUCAUGUCUAUCUUGAAUCUCACACCUGAUUCUUUCUCGGACGGUGGUCAGAAUUAUCGUAUCGACGAAGCGACGCUAGCGAAUACCAUCCGAGCACACAUUGCGGAUGGGGCUACGAUCAUUGAUGUAGGAGGGCAAUCAACUCGGCCUGGUGCCGUCCAAGUUUCCGCUGAGGAAGAGCUAGCACGAGUCUUACCUGCUGUAAAGCUGAUUCGCUCACUGCCAGAGGCUGAGAAUGUGGCAAUCAGUGUCGACACAUACCGUGGUAACGUCGCUGAGGAGACGAUCGCCGCCGGCGCAAACAUGAUCAACGAUGUCAGUGCAGGAGCGAUGGACGAUGCAAUGCUUUCAACCAUGGGCAAACUUGGCUGCACGGUGUGUCUGAUGCAUAUGCGCGGCACCCCAGAAACUAUGACCAGACCUGAGAUGACAUCCUAUCCCGACGGCAUUGUGGAGACCGUAGGAAGGGAACUCCUCGAGCGCGUCUAUGCAGCAGAGAAGGCGGGUGUUAGGCGCUGGCGCAUCGUUCUUGAUCCUGGUAUUGGAUUUGCGAAGACACAAGCACACAACCUUGAGCUGCUCCGCCGACAAGACGAGCUGAUGAAAUAUCCGGGCCUAGAAGGCAUGCCUUGGCUUGUGGGAACGAGUCGGAAGGCCUUCAUCGGGCAUAUCACGGGAGUGAAGACGGCAAGAGAUAGGGUCUGGGGAACUGCCGUUGCCAUUUCGGCCGCUAUCAAAGGCGGUGCGCAGAUCGUAAGGGUACAUGAUGUGAAGGAGAUGACGCAGACUGUAAAGAUGGCGGAUGCACUCUGGCGAACAUGA